AUGUCCACACCGAGCGACGGCCGAUCUGCCGAGGCCAUGUCGGCUGGCGAGGCUAGCCACUUGGCCCGCUUCAAGGCCCGCAGCCGCGGCGUGAUGGAUCAAGAAGCUCGGCGUCGCAUCGCUCUUGAGCGACAGAAAAAAGAUCGCACCUCGCGAAUGAACGUCCGACGGCUUUUGACCGAAGAGGCAAAUGCCGAGCCGCUGGAUGAAGCCGCUGGCGCUGGCAAGGGUCAGUCCUCGUCCAUGCCAGAGCGCGUGGCUGGCCUUCGAGUGCUGACAUGCUCCAUGACGCCAGAGCCUUCCGAAGCUGCCUUGACGCCUUGCCUUCGGGAAAUCCAGGAAAUCGGCGCCGUGGCGGUGGGUGAUGCAGCUCAUGGCCAACAGCGUCGUUCAGUUAUGCUGCUCAUUUUGCUGGUCCGUCCAGAGUUUACGCUCCUCGAUGCCGUUUAUGUCGAAUCCCAACAUGCAUACUACAUUCUGGACGCCUUGCAAUGGAAAGAGAUGCCGCUGAUCGAGACUGAUUUUGCGUGUCGGACCUUCUGGCUUCAAAGCCGUUUCCUGGAGCUGCAGGUUCGUCCAACUGUUGGAAAGUUCAUUCUAAUUACCGCGAUUUCCCAGCUGAUGACCAUCGCGUUCGUUGCACUUGGUCACAGGCGCUCCCGCCAGACUAUGUUCAAGCCACACGAGCGCCGGCACUGCACUUACUGCCGCGUCUUGAGGCGAGUGAAGCAACCUUGGCCGCUGAGCGGCAAAAUUCCACACGAACCUGGCCAGUUGCAGCUUUCUUACUCUUUCACAACGAG